UCUGGUUAGGGCCUGUUUGAUCAACUUAUAUAUGUCCGUUACGUUUGGCUUCUCUUCAGGGAAAAAACUUUGAGAGAAAUGAAAGACAGUAGGCAAAGGACAUUUGAAUCAACCGCUACUACAACAACUACAACCAUGGAUGUGAAUAAGAAUAAACGCAUAUUCUUAAAACUAGCUGCUAGAGAGAUACUUAAGAAGGUGAAUACAGGGAGUAGUUAUCAAGAUCUGUUGCUUCUUCGUAGUCGUCUCCGACUAUAUUACUUUCUCUACUUCUCUAAGCUCAACACUAACGUACCUUCAUCAUCAUCGACGCCGCCUAACUUUCAUGCAACAGUUGAGGAUGGCUCAUCCUGAAGGAGCGGCGGAAAUGGAGUUGGAGCCUCAUGAAUGUUUACUAGCAAAGAAAGAAGCAGCUGACGAUUAUGGCGAGGAGAAUGGCUUCUCAGAAUUACCAAUAUGAUGGUACUGCCGCUACACCUAAUACUGUAACUCGUGGAGAACAAAUGAAUCCGGAAAAUAUCAUGAUGAUGGAAAUGCCAGAAUAUGAAUCUUACGAAGGGAUUUUGUCACCCCCAUCAACAUCGUCCUUGUCGUCAAGGCUUGAUCAGUUUCUGCCAUCUAUCAAGAUACGAAAAAUAACGGAAGAUUCCAUACUAAUAGACACAGUUGUUCAGAAAGACGUAUCACCUACAUCAACCCUAUUUUGUGUUCUAGAAGAAGAAAAACUUGAUAUAGUUUUCGAACGUCAAUACAGAACUGAAACUCAAGUAUCUCAUACCAUUCAGGUAAAAGUGCAACCAGACUACGAUCUGCAUGAUUUGGAAUACAAGCUUCGCACUUGGGCAGGAUUUCCUACCUAAAGAUCCACACGUACUCAAGAGUUGAGCCUAUAUAUGAUAUCAUUUUUGCGUUAAUGUAAUCUUUGAAUUCAUAGUUUACUAUCAUUAUAUUUAAGUUUCCGUUUAUUUGGUCAACUUCUUCAGUUCCAGCAUUUUGUUUUCAUUAAGUUUUCUUUGUCAAUUUGGAGAUUAUUUUGUACUACCCAUGUUUCCUGUUCGGUUAUCGCUAAAGUAAAAAUAUCAAGGCAACGAUUUGUGGUUAA